GUCUUUCCCACUCUAGGUAUAUAUUAGUAAAUAGUUAUUAAAUAUAUAUUCUUAUUUUCUCCCUUUUUCUCUAAGCUAUUCUUACCUUAUCAAGCCCUCUUAAAUAUCUACCAAUACAUAUUUACAGCUUCAUGGCAAAUCACUCAUCAGGUUCGACUUCAUCUCAACCUUCCUCUUCUCGCUCUACUAGAACUAGAACUAGAACUAAAAAAAAGACUACUUCAAGAUCCACUAUGAAUCCAAGACCUGCUGCUCCACGUCAGGAUAAUCGUCGUCGAGAUAAUCCCGACCACCCUUUCUCUACUGCUUCUCUCUUUGUGUUUAACCUUGUUGCUCCUCUUAUGGUUAGUAUGUUAAGUCAAUCUUUUGCCUUAUUGGACCGGUCAGUUUUCUCUAGCUUCACUGCCUCUGUUCAAACAGUCUUUUCUUCUGCACUAAUUGCAAUUUCCUCUUACGUUACCAAAUGGUAUUCUUCACCUCUUUCUCAACAGGUUCUUACCUCUACUUCCUCGAUCUUCUAUGAUGUCGUUAAUCCCGCUUAUCAUACUGGCUCAUACUAUCUUUCUUCGGGACCAACGCAAACCUCAACAACAUGUAAUCAGAAACUUACCAUAUAAAAGACAGUUAUUUUAUAAAGUUUCUUUUAAAAUCACUUUACUUAAUUGCUCAUAUUUUCCCGGUAAUAUUGCCUCGCCUUAUCAUAACUUUCAAAUAUAACUAAGUUUUCAACUGAGUUUACCCCUAUAACAUUAGUUAGUUCACUGUAGAGAAGAGGUAAAGUAUAAGAGUCAAGUAAUCUUGAAUCGAUAUCAAAACAAUCAUCAACAUAUAGAAGAUUA